AUGAAGAAUGUUCAUUUCAAGACUCAAGCUGGAGAGGACAUAUAUUUUGAUGAGAAUGGAGACCCUCCAGCUCUCUAUGACAUUGUGAACUGGCAGCCCACCCCAAAUGGAGAUAUCCAGUAUGUUAAAGUGGGCAGCUUUGAUUCUAGUGCACCUACUGGAAAGAAACUCAUCCUGAAUGAAGACACCAUUAUCUGGCCGGGAGGAAGGAAAGAGGCUCCUCAUUCUGUUUGUAGUAUAAGCUGCCUCCCUGGUUGGCGCAAAGCAACAAGAAGAGGACAGCCCCUCUGCUGCUUUGACUGCAUCGCUUGUUCCGAAGGAGAGAUAUCCAACCAAACAGACUCAACUGAAUGCCUGCCCUGUCCAGAUGACCAAUGGCCCAACGAUCGACGCGAUACCUGCAUUCCAAAAAUGGUUGAAUUCCUGUCUUUUGAUGAACCCUUAGGCAUUGUGCUUUGUAUCAUGUCUAUGCUAAUCUCACUGGUCCCCAAAUCAAUUCUAGGACUCUUCAUCUGGUACCGCCACACACCCAUUGUAAAAGCCAACAACCGCCAGCUCAGUUAUGUGCUACUGGGUGCACUCACUCUUUGCCCACUCUGUUCUUUUAUCUUCAUUGGUAAACCAUCCUUAGCAUCCUGUAUCCUGCGUCAGACCACUUUUGGCAUCAUAUUUGCCCUCAGUGUAUCAUGUGUUCUGGCCAAGACAGUCAUGGUGAUAAUUGCCUUCAAAGCCUCCAAACCAGGCAGCAAUCUACGCAAGUGGGUUGGCUCUCGACUGCCCAAUGCUGUUGCUUGUCUGGGCACCUUAAUCCAGGCUGGUAUCUGUACUGUGUGGCUUGGAUAUGCGCCACCAUUUCCACAAAACAAUAUGAACUCCCAGGUUGGAAAAAUCAUCCUGGAGUGCAAUGAAGGAUCAUCUCUGGCUUUCUGGUGCAUGAUGGGAUACAUGGGUGUCUUAGCCAUUAUUAGUUUCAUGAUGGCUUUUCUUGCACGAAAGCUUCCUGACAGCUUUAAUGAAGCAAAGUUCAUUACAUUCAGCAUGCUGGUGUUUGUCAGUGUAUGGCUGUCUUUUAUCCCCGCCUAUCUCAGUACACGUGGCAAAUACAUGGUUGCUGUGGAGAUAUUCGCCAUUCUCUCAUCUAGUGCUGGACUUCUGGCUUGCAUCUUCUUCCCUAAGUGCUAUAUUAUUCUGCUGAAACCAGACAGAAACACACGAGACUUUCUUAUGGGCAAAGGAGACCCAGCUAAUAAAAAGAACUGACACCAUUUCCUUUAUCGACUUGUACUGCUUAUAAUUCAAAUCU